AUGGCGACGCCUUCGCCUCCAAAACCCUGGGAAAGAGCAGGCGCUGCUGGUAAGUCUGAAAUCUCGGCUUUGUUCCCGAUGACCCAGUCAUCUCAAGACGAUCCUCUCUCCUCCAUCAAAACAACCAUCUUACACAAGUCUCUGGCAGGAAACACACUAUCAUCAACACCAGUAGCCGGUAACCCAGUUGCCUCGACUGCCAUGACGACCACGAACCCCGCAACAUCGGGUGCCGCCCCCGACCUGCCCGACCGCCCCAGCACUCUCAACUCCGUGGUCAACAGUACAGCCUCGAACUACUCCCCCUACGGUGCCUCGCGACUUGGAACAAGUGCGUACGGCACAGGGAUGGGCGGGUACGGCUCGAUGGGCGGCAUGGGGAGUUACUCAUCGCCUUACUCUCGCUUCGGCACCAUGGGCGGCAUGGGCUCCAUGUACGGUGGCGGCUACGGUGGCUAUGGAGGUGGCAUGUAUGGAAUGGGUGGUAUGGGUGGUAUGGGAGGCAUGUAUGGUGGCAUGGGGGGACAAGACCCCAAUGAUCCCAACAGCCUUACCAACUCAUUCGGCCAAAGCACCCAGGCCACUUUCCACAUGAUCGAAAGUAUUGUGGGCGCCUUUGGAGGCUUCGCCCAGAUGCUGGAGAGCACAUACAUGGCCACUCACAGUUCAUUCUUCGCCAUGGUCUCGGUCGCAGAACAGUUUGGAAACCUGCGCAACACCCUCGGCUCCGCCCUGGGCAUCUUCACAAUCAUUCGGUGGUUCCGCACCCUGAUCGCCAAAUUGACGGGUCGUCCUCCCCCAGCUGAUGCCACAUCUUUGACGCCCGCCGCUUUCGCGUCCUUCAUGGGCCGAUCGGGCCCCGUCACUCUCCCUGAUGGCUCACCCGCCCCUACCAAGCCAUCCAAGAAGCCCUUCUUCAUGUUCCUGAUCGCGCUCUUCGGUCUCCCCUACCUAAUGGGCAAGUUGAUCAAGACCAUGGCUCGAUCCCAAGAAGAGGCCCAGCGUCGCCAGCAGCUCGUCGGCCCCAACGGCGAGCCUGGCUCCGCCUCCCUCGACCCCGCCAAGUUGGACUUCUGCCGUCUCCUUUACGACUAUACCCCCGAGACCCAAGAGUCCAACGGCAUCGACCUAGCCGUCAAGAAGGGCGACAUCGUCGCAGUCCUCAGCAAGUCCGAUCCCAUGGGCAAUGCCUCUGAAUGGUGGCGCUGCCGUGCCCGUGACGGCCGUGUCGGAUACCUUCCCGGUCCUUACCUGGAGACCAUUCAGCGUCGCCCGACGCAGGCCAUCACAGCUGGUAGCGAGCCUGCCACUCGCACGUCGACCAUGAACGGUGAGACUGAGCGCACACAGAGUCUCUGCUCUUUGAAGACGGAGCAGAAGCCCGAAAUCAAGGGCAAGAUGGGUGAUAUCUCACCUGAGAGUUUCCAGAAGAGCACCUUCUACUCAUAA